AUGAAAAUAAAAAGACUGAAGGUGGAAGACAACUCUGUUCUGGUGAGCAAUGAGUCCAAUGGUAAAUUGAUUAUUGCCGAUCAAUCACACAUUUCUAGCCUUGAGUCUCUCCUUGAGAGAAUUGAAAAGCAUAAGUUCGCUAAAAAGAAUAAAAGAGAAAACAUAGUAUUUGAGAAAGAGUUUGAUGUCGGUGCUGGCUCCAUGAAGAGCUACAGGGACCAAGAUGGAGACUUUGUGUGUACAUAUCAGAUGAAGAUCAAAUCAACUCCCAUUGAGAUCAAUGAGGAUUAUGAUUUUGAACUUGAGAGUAAAAAAGAAUGCAAAGGCCAGUCCAAUCUUUGGGGAUCAGAUAAAGAUGAGCCGGUCCCACUUCCAUUUACAAAAAGAGGGAAGGAAAUUAAAGAGGAAGGAGAUGAGGAUUUUUUGAUAAGCAACAUUCAAGAUCUAAGAGUUAUGCAUAGAAAUCCGCCAAAAGCCGACGAGGAAAGGAUAUCUAGCAGAGAAGUGUACGAUAUUUCUUUUCACAGGCCGGGAAGUUCAGAAAGCCAUAAUCAGAUUGAGACUAAAUUUGCCGUUCCAAGAGCUGUUGUGACUAAGCAUACACCACCGGACUAUAAGUUCCAGAAAAGGCCAAUCCCAAACUGCAUGACAAACAAAAUGAGGGUUUUCUCAGUAAUGCUUAGAGAGCUGAGAACAUACAAACCGACUAAUAUAUUCACCACAGGGCUGUCCAAUCUGAUUUCAUUCGCUAAAAAGGACAAAUGGCGUCCAUCAAAUAGAAUGGAUGGAGAGUUUUUUAAAGCUAUAUUCCGCUAUAAUCGGUUGUAUGGCAUUGAAGGCACGGUGGAGAGAAAUUUUUAUUUAAACAGCGAAAAAAAUCAAAAAGUUACCGAUGAAGAAUUCGAGAGACUGCUUAAGGCGACAGUUGAAUCAAAAUAG